ACGCGCGCCCCCCAGGUUGCAAAACAGGAAGCGCUUUCCAAGCGACCACCUUGAAGCAAAAUCGAUUUGGAGGCGGUGGGAGGCGGGCAGGGUCUCUCACUAUGCCGGCCGGGAAGAGUUUUCGCCGGAGGAAGGCCGACUCGGAGGAGGAAGAGGAGGAUGAGCUGGUGGCCGAGGAGGUUCGGUUAAAACUAGAAGAAGCGAAGGAAGUGCAGAGUUUAAGAAGGAGACCCAAUGGAGUAAGUGCUGCAGCCUUGCUUGUCGGAGAAAAGCUACAAGAAGAGACAACUUUGGUGGAUGAUCCCUUCAAGAUCAAGUCAGGCGGAAUGGUGGACAUGAAGAAGUUGAAAGAGCGAGGGAAGGAGAGGAUCAGUGAAGAGGAAGACCUCAAUCUUGGCACCUCGUUUUCAGCCGAGACCAACAGGAGAGAUGAAGAUGCGGACAUGAUGAAAUACAUUGAAACCGAGCUGAAGAAGAGGAAGGGGAUUAUGGAAAACGAGGAGAAGAAAGUAAAGCAGAAGAAUGCUGAGGAUUGUCUGUACGAGCUCCCGGAGAGUAUUCGUGUCUCUUCGGCUAAGAAGACGGAAGAAAUGCUGUCCAAUCAGAUGCUGAGUGGGAUCCCCGAAGUGGACCUUGGAAUCGAGGCCAAGAUAAAAAACAUAAUCUCGACCGAAGAUGCAAAGGCAAGAUUGCUGGCUGAACAGCAAAAUAAGAAGAAAGACAGCGAAACUUCCUUUGUCCCCACCAAUAUGGCGGUGAACUAUGUCCAACACAACCGAUUUUAUCAUGAAGAGAUACAUGCUCCGGUAAGAAGAAAUAAAGAGGAACCUAAGGCUCGGCCCCUGAGAGUGGGAGACACUGAAAAACCUGAAAUGGAAAAAUCUCCGCCGAAUCGCAAGCGCCCACCAAAUGAGAAAGCCACCGAUGAUUAUCACUAUGAAAAGUUUAAGAAGAUGAACCGGAGAUACUGAAGAGAGCUUGUUUGGUUCUCAGAGACUGGGCUGCAUUUCUAACGUUUCUCACUUCUUGUUCGUUUUGCUUCCAUUUUACUCCACGAAACUGCCUUGCAUUAUAGUCACUGUUAGAUGUUUUUCAUACCGAAAUGUGUAUUGCAUGUGCAGCAGUAAAGGUUUGUAUUUUAAGCAGA